GUCAAGGAGUAGGAUGCGGCCAGCGCAGGAGCUGGUGGUGAAAAACUGAUCUCGCAUGUUCAGAAACUGCACAAGCUCUACCACGUCCUCGUCCACACUGCCUUUCCGGCUGAGGUCCGCUUUGCUCAAACAUUGCGCCUUCCAUUUCCUGAACUCCGCGCUGCGAUCCAUGGGUGAGGAACUCAGGGUCUGCGCUCGGCUCCUUCACAGUAGCCUCGUCUCUCCCUGGGGGCAGCCAUAUUGAAGCGAGCGGUGGCCGAAAAGGUCCAAACUUCCUCUUCGUUCUUAAUUUGGGAAAUUCUAGUGCCUUCGCCUAGGGGUGGAGAGAGGCGCACAGCCUGGGUGGAGCCUGCAAAAGUUGGAGAAGGUGUGGCAGUCCUCAUUCUGUGGAAUCUGAAGAAGCCCACGCAGAUUUUAAUUCCCACUCUAGAUUCUGUAUCUAGAUCACCAUGGCAACCGGACAGAAGUUGAUGAGAGCUGUUAGAGUUUUUGAAUUUGGUGGACCAGAAGUCCUGAAAUUGCAAUCAGAUAUUGCAGUACCGAUUCCAAAAGACCAUCAGGUUCUAAUCAAGGUCCAUGCAUGUGGUGUCAACCCUGUGGAGACAUACAUUCGCUCUGGUACUUACAGUAGAAAACCCCUCUUACCCUAUACUCCUGGCUCAGAUGUGGCUGGGGUGAUAGAAGCUGUUGGAGGUAAUGCAUCUGCUUUCAAGAAAGGUGACAGAGUUUUCACUAGCAGCACGAUCUCUGGGGGCUAUGCAGAGUACGCUCUUGCAGCAGACCACACUGUUUACAAACUACCUGAAAAACUGGAUUUUAAACAAGGAGCUGCCAUCGGUAUCCCAUAUUUUACUGCUUAUCGAGCUCUGAUCCACAGUGCCCAUGUGAAAGCUGGAGAAAGUGUUCUGGUUCAUGGGGCGAGUGGAGGAGUUGGAUUAGCAGCAUGCCAAAUUGCUAGAGCUUAUGGCUUAAAGGUUUUGGGCACUGCUGGUACUGAGGAAGGACAAAAGAUUGUUUUGCAAAAUGGAGCCCAUGAAGUGUUCAAUCACAGAGAAGUGAAUUAUAUUGAUAAAAUUAAGAAAUAUGUUGGUGAGAAAGGAAUUGAUGUAAUUAUUGAAAUGUUAGCUAAUGUAAAUCUUAAUAAAGACUUGAGUCUUCUGUCACAUGGAGGACAAGUGAUAGUUGUUGGCAGCAGAGGUACUAUUGAAAUAAACCCACGGGACACCAUGGCAAAGGAGUCGAGUAUAAUUGGAGUUACUGUCUUUUCCUCAACCAAGGAGGAAUUUCAGCAAUAUGCAGCAGCCCUUCAAGCUGGAAUGGAAAUUGGCUGGUUGAAACCUGUAAUAGGUUCUCAAUAUCCAUUGGAGAAGGUGGCCGAGGCUCAUGAAAAUAUCAUUCAUGGCAGUGGGGCUACUGGAAAAAUGAUUCUUCUCUUAUGAUUAAUUCUUUCAUGGAUUUCCUAUGUAAUUAGAGGUACUGUUUUUCCCCCAGUUGUACUUACCCUAUCUUUUCUUUAAUUAACAUUCAAUUCCAUGAGCUUCUUAUGUGAAAAAAUAAGAUUUUUCUUUAGAGAGCAGAGGCAGAAGAGUAAAAUUCAUUGUAUAGCUAGCAAUAUUUUUUUAUGCCAUCUGUCUCAAAUCAAGGAGUCAUCAUAGUAGGAAAUAGCAUGUUAGUCAUCAUUUGGCAUGAGGAUGCAUUCCAGUAAUUGUUAAUUGAUAUUUCAUUAAUUCCAUACCUUUGAUUAAAACAUGCUAGUUCAAAAUAAGACUGCUUAGUUUCCAAGGGUUUUCAAGCCUACUUACCUUUAUAAAGGUUCUCUAGUCUCUGAUUAGCCAUGACUGUAUUGGACUUUGAACAUUUUCUCAACUAAAAACCUCUAUUCUAACCUCUAUUCUAAACUAAUCUUAUUUGGAUGUGUAAGUCUUUUGUAAAGGCAAGAAUAAUGUCCAGGACAAUUAAUUAGUUUUCUCAGUAUUUUCCCAAAUAUUAGAAUAUUUACUUCAUUAUUGGUUGGCUGCCAAUGACCCCAUAUGUUCUGUGAGAAUAGGAGCUUUAUCUUUGAUAUAAUACAUAGUCUCCAAAUAGGUAAUACUUCACAAUUGAUUAGAUUUUCAGAGUAGAUUUAGAGUUAUCUGUUUUUCUGGUGAGGGUCAAAUAUUUUUGUUGAAAUAAUUAAGCUCACAAAUUUGAUAAAUUAAGAAUUAUCUGCAUUUGUCUCAUAACAUAAUAAUGUGUAAUAAAGUCUAUAGAAAAUUAAAA